AAGUUUCUAAUUUUGAAUUUUUAAAGAUUGUUUUUAAGCUUUUGCAAUUUCUAGAGUUGUUUGGGGAAUGGUUCUGGUAUAAAAUAAUACAUUAAUCUCUUGACAGACUUUGAGAAGACAGAUCUAGGCCAGACAAAGCUUAUUCAAUACUUAAUUGCAAGACUCUCAUUUCUUUUAUUGUCUUAGAGACUAGGAUGUUAACAUGUUCACUUGGAACAUUUCUAAGGUGUGGAUGUAUUUUGUUACCUAUUCUUUAAAUAUCUUAAGGGGGAAUAAUUCUGUGUGGGUUUUACUGCAGAGAUUAAUGCAUGAUUUUCUUUUUGAGUGACGUAUAUUUAUGCUUGAGGAAAGGAUAUGAAUUUUGCAAAGUUAAUGGUAGUAUGAUUCCAAAGACUGGCACAGAACCAUGCUUAGUAUCAGGGUAUUUACACUCUUUCUACUACUCAGAACUGAGUAAGUUUUUAAGCUGUUUUUUAGGUGGAUAUACUGGUGAUAUACUGCUGCAGAUUCUAAGGCUAUAUUCCUUUCUAAUACUCUAAUGAAAAGGAAAAUGUAUCUUUCUGAUAAAUAAAUUUUACAAGGACAUUUCUUUCUUUCCUAACUAUAUCUCUGAGGUACAGAUAAGCUCCUCAAGUUCUUGUUCAGGUGUUCUGAUGAACUGCUUUUCUGUGUUUUGACUCUCACUGGCAUUUACUAAUUUUCACUGCCUGACAAAAUAGGCAUGUCUAUCAGUAGUGAUGGAAGAGCACUGCUUCAAUACUAUCUAAUUUCCAGCAUUUCUAAACCUUUUCCCACUACUGUCAGAAGACAGCUGUUGAUGCAGAAAAUGACAAAACUCUUGGCAUGAAGACUGCUUUAUUUCUUAUACCCAGUUGCAAUGUUUUGUGCUGUUUAAGAGUAACAGCAUUUACAAAGGAUUUAGCCUACUGUUUUUAUGAACACUGCCGAAGUUAAUAAGCUUUUGGACUGAAAAAUAAUUGGUUAGGGAUUAGAAUUCAGAUAGUUUAUAAAUUAAACUUUAUGUUUGUAUAUGUUACUGAAAUAGCAAAUGUAGUAGCUCUUGCUUUGGCUCACCAGUGGUCUGCAGCAGUAACAUCAAGGAAUGCAGAUAUCAUGCUUAUUUCAAGAAACCUCGGACUAUGAAUAAACGGAUGUACUCUUUUGCUUAUACACAUCUCAGAACUGUUGUGUUCUUUGUUUUUGUUUGUUUUCUGGAGAGGUAUUAGGAAAAACAAAGAAGGUCAGAAGAAGAUAUAUUCCUACUAAUCAACACUACUUAGAGACUUGGAGAUUUUUCCUGUGUUUAAAUAGCUUUGUAAAGAAGUCUGGUUCUUCUUCAAAUAAUAGAACAAUAGAGAAGCGCCAUCAAGGAGUCAAAUGAUUUAUUUGUGAGAGCUGUUCCUUAAUUGUCCGUGGAUCACAAGGCCUUGCAGCAGUUAUACCUUCAAGCUAACUUGGAACAGUCUCAUUCUCAGCAGUGUAUGGUUGUGCUAGUCCACACUGCAGAUCAACGUGCUCCAUUCUGCCCACCAUGCCAACCCUACCUGAAGAAAGUGAACAAUCAAAAGAGGCACAACACAACAGUUCUUCUCCAGCCAAAGACACUUGUGCUGAAGGAACUACAAGCAGUACACCUUCUAUUGUUCUUCCAGAGAAUGCUGGUAUGCCUGAUGUAGAAAUUGAUAAAAAUCUGGUUAACAGACCUCGUAGUCCUCAUAGAAGACAUUCUAACCGUGCCACUAGGAAUUCAACAAGUUCAUUGACUUCUAUUGACAACAAUGGACAUGUGAUUGAUCUGGUAAAUGAUCAGCUACCAGAUGUCAACAUAUCGGAAGAAGACAAAAAGAAGAACCUUGAAUUACUAGAAGAAGCAAAGAAAGUGAGUGAAAGAUUUCUAAUGCGCAGAGGCAGAAAGUCAAGAAGCAGCCUCCCUGAGUCACCCACAGCGGUUUCGCCUACCCUUAGCCCAAAAGUUUCACCAGUAACAUCUCGGAGCAACUCUCUCACUCUUCCUGUUCCAUCAGCAUCCGAUGUAUGUACAGCCACUAGUGUUGAGUCAGUAUCUUCAGUUCAGAAUAACAGAACUUUUAAAGAAGAUGACAGGCAAACUGCAGAGAAUGUUUCCAAAGGAUUAAUGGAUCGGAGGCUGAAUGAUCAAAGAAAGAUUUCUCAAGGAAGGUUGGUUCCUCGUUCUGCUGGUUUUGAAAACCCCAAAGAAAAACUCUCUGAACAAAAAGAAAACUUUGAUCCACGUAAGCAUGUAGAUACUUUACCUAAGUGCUCCUCUUCAGGUAGUGAUGGUGGCAGAAUGUCUCUUAAUACUUGCUUGAAUGUCUGUGAAAAUGAACUCGGAAAAUCCUUCCUCAAGAAAGCAAAAGAAAAUGAUGUUCCUUUAAGAACCUAUCUAUCAGGACCAGGAAUAGGAAAUAUAGACUCAAAGCUAAAAAGUCCUGUUCCAGAAAUGAGGGAUCACAAAGUUUCUUUUAAACCAGAAUUUAAACUGUGUGGGCUGCGUCCUCCUCUACUAAGAGCUGUAUCAUGGGAUAGUUUAGAGCCUGGACAGAAAGAUAAAACACCUGUAAAGAUACCAUCUGAGGAAGAUAAAGGCUUUGUUGUUGGUAAUAAAUCCAAUAAUCAAAUGAAAGCAUUCAAAGACCUCCAAAUCCAAGUUCAACCUGUUCGGAUGCAGAAAUUGACAAAACUCAGAGAGGAGCAUAUUUUGAUGAGGAACCAAAAUUUAGUUGGACUUAAACUUCCUGAACUUAGUGAAGCAGCUGAACAGGAAAAAGGUCCUUCACCUCUCCCCUCCCCCACUGAAGAGGAAGAGACAAAGAAUAGCUCUGAUGUUAUGCCUGGCAUUCCUGACAUAUUGCUGCGAAAGCUGCGUGUGCACAAGUCUCUUCCAGGAAGCUCCCCUCCACUUACUGAAAAAGAAGUUGAGAAUGUAUUUGUACAACUUUCCUUGGCCUUUAGAAAUGAUAGUUAUACCUUGGAAUCAAGAAUUCACCAAGCAGAGAGAGAGAGAAAUCUUACUGAAGAGAAUGCUGAGAAGGAACUGGAAAACUUUAAAACAGCCAUUACGUCUUCAGCUCACUUAUGGCAUCACUAUGAACACAGAGAAGCUUACCAGAAACUGCUGGAGGAUAUUGCUGUUCUGCGGCGUUUAGCUGCUAGACUAUCUAGUCGUGCUGAAAUGGUUGGAGCCGUUCGCCAGGAGAAGCGUAUGUCAAAGGCAACGGAAGUAAUGAUGCAGUAUGUGGAAAAUCUGAAAAGAACUUAUGAAAAAGAUCAUGCUGAACUAAUGGAGUUUAAGAAACUUGCUAAUCAGAAUUCUAGCAGAAACUAUGGUGCAUCUGCAGAAGAUGGAGUACCUCGUUCGUCUAGAUCCAUGUCUCUUACUGUUGGAAAGAAUAUGCCUCGGAGGCGAGUCAGCGUUGCUGUUGUUCCUAAAUUUAACUCCUUAAACAUUCCUGGUCAGUCACCAGCAGCUUCACCUAUCCCUUCAAUGCCAUCCCUGUCUGAAUCACCUAGCAAUGGAAAAAGCAAUCUAACAUCUAAUCCUGUUCUGCCUGCUGUUUUAGAGAACAGUGGAAAGACAAAUGGAGAGCCUGACUGUGAAACCUCUACUUCUGCACUGACACAGAGUGGGCUGGAAGAGAUCAGUCCUGAAACUAAAGCCAAGAUAGAAGAGGAAGCAUAUAACAAAGGCUAUCAGGAAGGCUUGAAAAAAAACAAGGAACUUCAGGACCUGAAGGAAGAAGAUGAGGAGACGCCAAAAGAAAAUCAUGAUGAACAUGAAGAAAAUGAAAAUGACAGUGAGAUAAAAAGCCUGAAAAGCAGCAGACUUGAAGUCAUCAUUAAUUAUUUAUAUAUACUGUACCCCAAACUCUGUAAACACUGGAAUGUGGUAUGGCUUGUAGUGGCUGCGAUAAUCAUUUUUGCUGUGGUGUUGGGAGUCUACCAUUCAUACAGCUCCUGUGAUGAAGUAUCAGAGAAACCUGAAGGGAAAGCCAGCUGUUCUGCUGCCCAUCAAUAUUCCUGGUGGAACUCAGGACUUCAACAUGAGCAACGCACUGAAUAACAAAGCAGCACCAUGUACUUAUGGUACCUGAGAGAGCACAGUAUUAGAACACUGUUGUUAAAGGUAGUGCUUAGUCAUCUUUACAGUUGUCACCUGUUACAUCUGUUACACAAGUGAGUUACUCCGCCCCAUCAAUCUUGGGGAUACAUUGUGAACAUAGCUUGCCAAAAUAAUAAUCGGAUAAAUAAUUCUUUUUAUCCUCUUAAUGUAAAUGACUGAUUCAAAUAAUAGGGUUUUGGCAGUAAGCAGCAACCAGCAGGCAAUUAAGAGAAAGAUUUGCACAAGAUGUUAACAUUUCUCCUAUGAUUUCAAAGGCUAUGACUAAAACUAUAUUUGCAGCUAGUGUUUCACUUUGCAUUUCCUGAAUUCAUUGUGUUGUUGUUGUUGAUGUAUUCAUGACAUUUGUGUCCUUGAAUUUUAAAAGAGUAAUUAUUAUUUCUUUGUUGUUCAUGAGUUUUGUGUAGAAAUGUAAGGCCAAUGGAAGGUUAAAAUUAUUUUGUCAGACAAAAUGUCUUGUGGAUUCCUUAGUUUCAUAAAGGGAAUUAUCUGUAUGCAAGUACAGUCAUAUGCGUCUUUUAUGAUGUACUUUAAAAAUAGGACCAUCUCUAUUUUUUGAAUGGGAUAUACAACAAAACCUAAAAUGAGGUCUAGGUGGCACUGUUGCUAUCAUCCAAUAGAUUCAGGAUCUUCUGAUGUUAGUGGGAGCUUGUCUUCUUCUGGUGUAAAGUCUGAAGCUCAAGCUAUCAAAGAAAAAGGAUUUCUAACAGUCAGAAAUUUAGUUUGCAUUUUUAUUGCUAAUUACAAAUGUCCUGCUGGUGAAUUUUGUUGGUUGCAUCUCUAGCUAAAUCUUUCUUACAUGAAAAUUACAUGGAGGAGUGAGGAGGAAAAAAAAAAGUUAGAUCACUGCUAGCUUUGGGGGAAAUCCAUCUAUAUGCAGUUGGGAGGUUUUUAUUGCAUAUAUGCUACUUGUUUUUUGGACAAAUAUGGAGUGUUUAAGGAAGUUCUAAAAGGAUAAUGGGGAAGUGUCAUUUGGUCUAAAAUUGUAAUUGCUAAAUAAGACAGAAGAGAGUUUCUUGCUAAUUACUUGCUGUAUAGUUGAUUCAGUUAAAAUACCUGACAAUGAAGAAUCACUGUGACAUUUCCCAUACUUCUACUAUUUAAAGAAACUUACAGGUGGCUCUUUCAAUAUCCAUUUAUUAGAACCAGCUUCUUCAACUUAAAAGUAUUUAGAAGUAACAUUGAUAUCAUAACAUCAUAAUGCAAUAAAAGGCAAAUAGUCCUGAAGGUUCAGAAUCCACUAUGUCAAAAAUUGUGAUACAUACUUUGUUAUGUGAAUACAGACAUUUUGGAGCAUACUGAGGGAAAAUAGAUGUCUGUAAUUGAAUUAAUUUGUUCUUAUUCACCUUUGCACUGAUGUUGAUCCAACACCUUAUUUUAGUACUUGUAGAAAGUUACUGAUCUCAGUAAGACUCUUCAGCUGCUUAAUGUUGAGCAUGUGCUAAGGUUUUGUAGGCCAGAGUGUGGACAGAGUCUUCAUCCUCUUUUGGAACUCAGCACAAUGAAUUUUCAUGGACUUGGUCCACAAGGCAAAGUAGUUGUAUUAAUUAGAGCUGAGCUACUUGCAAUGUUUGAGGCAAAUAUAAUUUAGCCAAAAAGGUGUUUCGGGGAGUGGAUUGAGAGAAGCAAGGGAUUUCUGUAAGGAUUAAAUGACAAGGAUGAAGUUGAUGAAAAUGUGUAUAGUCUUAAUUAAUACACCUACUGUGAGAAAACUGUCCACUAAAAACAAUGAAGCACAGUGACUAACAGCACAUUAAAUACUUUUGCUUAUGUUUUUCAGUUAAUUAGUGAAGACACAUGUUUGGAUAGAAAGCUAGGUUGUGGACAAAACCUAUUCUAAAUAUAACUGCUUUCCAUUGAAUAUUAGUUUUCUUUAUCUGUUUAAAAAAAGAAAAAGAAAACACAGACACACACACACAAUCUCUUCUGAGUUCAGAGAUCACAACAAGAAGUAGAUCUACUAUUUAUGCCUUUAACACUGAAAUAGAUUUCUUGAGGUGCAAUAUUUAUUUUUUGCUUAAACAAGACACGUUUAUUGUUUCUCCUGCACAGCACAAAUGUUUCUAGUCAAAGGAAUUUUAAAAGGGCACUAUUUUUGUGUAUCAUAUUUAAAUCUGUAACGUUGUAAGAUUUUGCACCAGUGUGCUGGUAUUGUACUGUAUAGUAUCACAUACUUGAGUUUUGAAAUAAAAGUACAGUUUCAAAGUC